AUGAAUUCGUCAUUUAUGGAGAUGUGGGUCACUAGUCCCGGCCAAACAAGCUACUUUUUCACGUCCUGUACAGGUUCGGAGCCAGGGACGUUUGAAUAUGCCAUCUCGCGAGACCAUGAUGAGCCGAACCACUUCUUCGUCUUUGAGCGGUACAGCGGCAGGGAAGCGUUUGACAAGCAUUGUGCCAGUCAAGAGUAUCAGAAUCUGCUUAACUCGAGAGUCAUGGUCGGCCUACCACAGCCCAAGGUCUUGAAGCAACUGAAGCCCAAUUAG